UCGACGAGUGCGGUGUGCGAACGGCGCGCGGUUUUAACAUUCAUCGUAUGAUAUUUACUUACAUAUGGUAACAUUGCCUAUGCAAUACGCGUAUGUACGUAUGUGUGCGUUUAUUUACAUUGCUUUGUGAAAAUAGCCGGUAUAACUUGUGGAGUGCAGUGAAUGGUGAUUGGUCGUUAAAUAUACCGUAAAUAUGGCGAUAAAAGUGUUGUAGAUAUAUACAUAUAUACAUAUAUUACAUACAUAAAUCGAUAUAAAACGUGUGAAAAGUGUGUAUGUAUAAAAAAGUAUAAAAGUUCACAGAAGAAAAUGAUAAAGUAUUAAAGUGUUGAAAGCAGUGAAAUCAUAAUGAUAUAUACAUAUAAAGAGUUAUAUAUAGAUAUGUAAUUAUGUACUCGCAUUAUUGUUGUGCUCUAUUAAAAAAUAUACAUAUGUAAUGUAUUAUAUAGUACAUAGGCAUUUAUCUAUAAAGUCGUUUUGAGAGUAACGUGUGUGUCUAAAAGGAAAACAUACAUUCCAAGUUUCUCUAUGUGCAUAAAUAUAUACAUACAAACAUAUUUAUGACUAUAGCAAAGUGCUGUAAUAAAGGAAUUAAAGUGUUGUGCUUUGUUUUUACGUGUAGUGAACGUACUGUAUGAAGUCGGAUGCGCUUCUAUUAAGGCACAUAUAUGUAUCUGAAUAGUUAUGCAGUUACAUGUUUCUAGAAUCUAGAUAAUUGGAGCAACACAUGUAUUUAUGGACGUAACAAAUACCCAUGUACGUAGUUCAUAAAUAAAUUACUACACUGUUCAUGCUAGAUAAGCUUGGACUUUGCGUGACUGCAUCCUGGCGCCUGACGGCAAUAACAAUAAAAAAGAAAUAACUAAAAAUAUAUUUGUGUGAAAAUUGGAAUAAAAGUGGAUAUUAGAAAAGAUAUUUUUCUUAAAAUUGGAGUAAAAACGGAUAUUUAAAAAGAUGUCAGUAUCAACAUUGGAAUAAAUGCAAAUAUUAGGAUAAAUAAGGAAAAAAUAUCAGAGUCAAAAUCGGAAUAAAGUCAGAUAUUAGCAUAAAUUAGAAGAAAUUGCGACUUCAGCUAUAUGAUGCGGAAUAUCCUGUUUUGAGACAUGGAAUAUGUAUAGCAAGCUAAUGUGUUUUAAAAAACUAAGUGUCAAAACGGAAACCAACUAAAAACAUACAAACAUAUGUGUAUACGUAUAUAAAGCAUACAUACAUCUGGAGACAGCAAAAAGAGACACCGGAAAAAUUAAGAUAUUUCAAUCACCAGAAGCAGCGUCAAUGCUUAAUCGCACUCAUCAAUCAAGACAAGCGUUCAUAGUUCUGACACUGAAGGUACAGCGAACAUUUAACGUAGAGUGCGAAACUCUGUUGGUAAUCGGUACAUACUUCACCUUAAUGUUCUCGCUUAUAGUCAUAUUGACAGUGAGCAGCCGUUGAGAAUGAAAGGCGGAAUUUUUCUCUGAAAAGGAUAUACCCAUAAGUACUCAUAUUUUUUGCGAACACAUUAAUCAUGUACUCGUAGCACAUUACGCUUCGUCAGCAUUAGUUAACAAAUUGAUUGUAAUCAACUCCAUAUAACAAAUAUAAUAAUUGAACGUAAAGCGCAGGAAAAUUUACGACGCUUAUUUAAAUCAACACGAAAUUACUACACCAACAUAUACCACACAUAUACAUAUUCAACAUGGGAGCGAAUUCGUCGAGCAGAUCGGAUGCAAGUCUUCUCAGCGAUGAAGAUGUCAAUUUUGACCAUUUUCAAAUAUUGCGGGCGAUUGGUAAAGGGAGCUUUGGCAAGGUGUGCAUCGUACAGAAACGUGAUAGUGGCAUACUCUAUGCCAUGAAAUAUGUCAGUCGGUCGGCGUGCGAGUCGCGUGGUGCCCUGGGUGGUGUUAUCAAAGAAGUGGAAUUGCUUGCCUCGCUAGAACACCCAUUUCUGGUGAAUCUGUGGUUUUCAUUUCAAGAUGAGGAGGAUUUAUUUAUGGUGUGUGAUUUGCUGACUGGCGGUGAUUUAAGGUAUCAUCUACAGAAUCGGGUGGAAUUCAGCGAAAAAAGUGUUGCCUUAUUAGUGUGUGAGUUGGGAAGUGCUUUAGAAUACUUGCAGAAGCAAAGAGUGGUGCAUAGGGAUAUCAAGCCAGAUAACAUUCUUUUGGAUGGUGCUGGACACGCACAUUUGACUGAUUUUAAUAUAGCUACAAGACUGCAAAAGGACGGACUUGCAUGCAGCAUGUCUGGAACCAAACCGUAUAUGGCGCCAGAGGUAUUCAUGUGUGCAUUAGAGGAAAUAGCGGGUUACAGUUUUCCGGUCGACUGGUGGUCUCUCGGUGUAGUUGCAUAUGAGAUGCGUGCCAAUGUGCGACCUUUUAUCGUGCAUUCGCAUACGGGAUUGGCGGAGGUAAAAAAUAUAUUAACAGCACCGGUGCACUAUCCACGUUAUUGGAGUCAUAAUUUCAUCGAUUUGCUGACAAAGCUGCUCUGUGUACAUCCCGGCGCACGUAUUAGCUCUCAGCAGGAGAUACAACAAACACCACUUCUACGACACACGGACUUCAAAAGUAUACUCGAGAAAACAACUAAACCACCAUUCAAGCCACCUGAGGAUCACCUUAAUUGUGAUCCUUGUUUAGAACUGGAAGAAAUGAUUGUCGAAACACGACCGCUGCAUAAGAAAAAGAAGCGUUUAGCCAAACAGCGAUCGGCACAACGUGACAGCGAUCCCGAAACGAUUCUCAUCAAGGAGUUUAUAGUUUACAAUCGAUAUAAAGAACUGAAACGAAAGGCUAUGGAAAAGAAAGAAAACGAUUGGCAGCGCGAACUCGAACACGCUAUGGCGAAUUCAAUCGUGACUAGUUUAGCGCCAAUCCAAGAGAAGCCAACGACGAUGCAUUUUAGUGGUGAUGGUGAUAACGACGAGAUUGUUGGUGUGACUACGACGGCGACGAAUGGAAAUGUUACAGCUAGCCACGCGUUGGCCGCAAAACCCAAUUCAUACGUGCCCAUUACUACAACAAUAAAUGCAUUAAGUAGUCACACGCUUUCCACACCAAAUACGAGUACAACCAUUCUGAGUGGAGCUACAGCGUUGCCACCGCUUUGUACGAAAUGCCAACAUCACAGCCCAAUAAUGGGAAUAACAACGCCGCCGCAGACCAAAAUUCAACUUUCAUCGAACAUAAAGGAUGGCGAAAUUAUUGAAUUUAUCGAUCGUACACCUUCACCGUCGACAUCAAACGCCAUUACGUUACGAACGCCAGUGAUGACAAGAAAAGCUGACGCAACAGCAAAUGCGAAUGUGGUGUAGACGAACUGUAGCGGCUAAUCAUAACUAGGUUAUACAGGAAAUAAAUGAAAAAACAUGAUUAUAUGUACGAUAAUUAAGUUCACCGAAUGAAGUAUUUGAAAAUAUAAAAUGGAAGUCUACUUUUAGGCACAAUUUUUAUGCGAAAUGGAAGGCGCUUUUGUUAAAUUUCACUAAUAACCAUGUACCCUCUCAGCUCCUAUGCAUAUGUUGAAAUUACAAUAAAUGUGAAAAAACUCUAGCAGUCCUAGUUGCUUCGGUUAAAAAACCUUCCUAGAUCUUGAUAAUCUGACGGACAACAAUAAAACACCUUAAACGGGUUCAGCGUGCGACCCUCGGCCAAGGAGGUCAUAGCGAUAGUCUGAUUUGGCAGGUGAAAUUAUUAGUGGAAUAUAGGAAAAGGUGAAAAUUUGAAGUCAUAAUUUAUAACCUUUGCCAUUAAAAUUUUAUCUUCAGUAUUGAAGAAAUCUUCGAAAGAAACAUCAAUAAUUCUUUGUGUUCUUAAAUCCUUUAUAAACUGUUAUAGACUGAAAACUAUAUGGAUACUGAGCGCGCCCAUUAACAGUUUAUUUUAAUGAGAGUACUUUUUCCUGAGGAGAAUAAAAUCAUUGAAAUUUUGAUACUGCAUUAUGAUUUUAAUGGUGUGAAAAAUAGCUGCGAUGAAAAUACGAACCUAAGAAAUAUUGAAAAAUUAAAAACAUAAUUAUAUAUACAUUACAUAAAAGGAAACCAAAUAUAAUAUAUUUUUUUUUUAAUUGGAAUUAAAAUUGUAAAAUGUAAUAUUUUUAAAAAAUGUUUGGGAUUAAAAAUAUAUAAUUUAAUUUUUAAUUGCAAAAUAGGAAUCAAAAUUAGGAACUGAUAAAAUAUAAUUACUUUAAAUGUAUAAGUGCGGAAUUUAAUUAAAAACAAUAACUAAAUAUGCAAAAACCACUUCUUUUUUAAAUUUUAAUUAUAAACUUUAUUGAUUUUUGAUUAAGAAUUUUGGGAUAAGGAAGUAAAAAAAAUUAAAUGUCAUUUUUAAAGUGCAUUAAAUGCAUUAUUUGCAACCGUGAUUACAAGCGAAUUGAAAAUUAUUAAAAUCUCAGCACACAAGUGGAGAGCAAUUAAACCACAGCUUUAAGAUUUCAAUUUUAAACAGAGAAAUAUUUUAUAAUAAAAAAGAUUUCACUAUCCAGAAAAAAUUAAAACAUGUUGAAAACUUUUUUUAUAACUAAAAAAAUCAUAAAUAAGCAUUUGAGGAAUAAACCCUUAAUUAACAUUCCAUUAUAGAUAAUAGUAUAAUAAAUAAAAGAAUAUUAACUUUUAUUUAAGUCGAAGAAAAUGUCUAAAGUUAUUUUUAAUUUAACUCUCAGCAGCUGUAAUAUAUUUUAUUUAUAUAUAUAUAAGAUGUACAUAACGUAAAAUAGAUUUUUAACGAUUUAAAAGACAUUUAGAAUAGAUUUAAUAGUAUUUAAAUACCUAAAUUAAGUAACUUUCAUAGUGACUUGAAAAUCAAUUAACUUUUAGACAAGAAACCAAAGAAUGUAAUUUUAAGCCCACCACUAACUUAGUUAUAAAUAUUUUUUCGAUAUGGAAACAGAUAUGUAGUUAAGAAAUAACAAUAAAUAAUAACGGAAAAUGAAGACAGAUGAGAAAAUUAAA